AUGUCACAUUCUGGAGCUGCAAUUUUCGAAAAGGUGUCAGGGAUAAUUGCUAUAAACGAAGAUGCUUCGCCCGCAGAAUUGACGUGGCGGUCUACGGACGGUGACAAAGUUCAUACAGUCGUAUUGUCCACCAUUGACAAGUUACAAGCCACCCCAGCUUCAAGUGAAAAAAUGAUGCUGAGGCUAAUCGGGAAAGUAGAUGAGUCAAAAAAGAGGAAAGAUAACGAAGGGAAUGAAGUUUUGCCGAAACCGCAACGUCAUAUGUUUUCAUUUAACAACAGAACAGUCAUGGAUAAUAUUAAGAUGACUUUGCAACAAAUUAUCUCACGUUAUAAGGAUGCCGAUAUCUAUGAAGAGAAAAGAAGAAGAGAGGAAUCCGUACAAAACACAGAAACGCCAAUGAGCUCCUCUUCGGUUUCAGCGAGGACACCCACGCCACAUCUGGAUACACCACAGUUGAAUAAUGGGGCUCCUUUGAUCAAUACAGCCAAAUUAGAUGAUUCUCUCUCCAAAGAGAAAUUGCUAACUAACUUGAAGCUGCAACAGUCUUUAUUGAAGGGAAACAAACUUUUGAUGAAAGUUUUCCAAGAAACAGUAAUCAAUUCCGGAUUACCCCCCUCCGAAUUUUGGUCAACUAGAAUUCCACUAUUAAGAGCUUUUGCUCUAUCCACUUCUCAAAAGGUUGGGCCUUAUAACGUCCUUUCCACUAUCAAGCCAGUGGCUUCGUCGGAAAAUAAAGUUAAUGUUAACCUAUCAAGGGAAAAAAUUCUAAAUAUUUUUGAGAACUAUCCUAUUGUAAAGAAAGCUUAUACUGACAAUGUACCCAAGAAUUUCAAGGAGCCUGAAUUUUGGGCAAGGUUUUUCUCUUCGAAGCUAUUCAGAAAAUUAAGGGGUGAAAAGAUCAUGCAAAAUGAUAGAGGUGAUGUAAUCAUCGACAGGUAUUUAACGUUGGAUCAGGAAUUCGACAGGAAAGAUGAUGAUAUGCUAUUGCAUCCGGUAAAAAAAAUUAUUGAUUUAGACGGUAACAUACAGGACGAUCCAGUUGCACGAGGUAACAGACCUGAUUUCACUAUGCAACCAGGUGUGGAUAUAAAUGGUAAUAGCGAUGGUACUGUGGAUAUCUUGAAAGGCAUGAACAGAUUAAGUGAGAAAAUGAUUAUGGCCUUAAAAAAUGAAUAUUCUAGAACAAACUUACAGAAUAAGUCCAAAAUUACAAAUGAUGAAGAAGAUGAGGAUAAGGAUGAAAGAAAUGAACUGACUAUCGAUGACUUGAAUGAAAGCUACAAGACAAACUAUGCAAUCAUACAUCUGAAAAGAAAUGCACACGAAAAGACCUCGGACAAGGAUACUGAAGGCUUGGUAAAUGUAAUGAAAAAUGCGAACUUGAAUGUGUCUAAUCAACAAAUGUUGCAACAACUGUCACUCGUCAUGGAUAAUUUGAUCAAUAAAUUAGACUUGAAUCAAGUAGUUCCCAAUAACGAAGUAAGUAAUAAAAUUAAUAAGAGGGUCAUAACUGCGAUCAAGAUUAACGCCAAACAGGCCAAACACAACAACGUUGACUCUGCGCUUGGUUCUUUUGUGGGCACUACAACUCAAGCAAAUGAAUCGGAGGUGAAAAGUGCACUACCAAUAGAUUUACUAGAAAGUUGUAGAAUGUUGCACACAACGUGUUGUGAAUUUUUGAAGCAUUUUUAUAUUCAUUUUCAAAGCGGGGAACAAAAGCAAGCCAGUACCGUCAAAAAGCUUUAUAAUCACCUGAAGGAUUGUAUCGAAAAAAUCAACGAGUUAUUUCAAGAUGUACUCAAUGGUGAUGGUGAAUCCAUGUCAAAUACGUGUACCGCCUAUUUGAGGCCAGUUUUAAACUCCAUUACUUUGGCCACCCAUAAGUACGAUGAGUACCUUAACGAAUAUAACAACGAUUCGAACGGUAACAUAUAA